GUGGCAGUGCAAAGGGGACAGAAUAUGCUGUCCAAAGCCCAUCUGCUUUGUUGCAAUGCUCACCCUUGUGAAAUAUUCCCUAAAAUAUGUGAGUUUACUGUUGGGAGAACUAGCCAGAGAGGGAAGGAUGGAGGGAGGGUUUCUGUUUUAUAGGCUAGCUUUGUUUUCUGGCAUCUAUGAGCCACAAAGCUUGGAUAUAAGCCACAGAACAUCCUGUUUUCCCCUCUCUCUUGCCUGUCCUCUUGCUGGUUGGUCUUUCUGAGGGUCUGGAAAAAAACACUGCCCAGCUAAAGGCGGAUACAUUGGCAAUUACAAGGAGCCAGGAUUAUGAAAUCUACUAGAGAAAAGAUCACCCUGAACUUCAGGGGAAUCCGAUACAAGACUUAUGCUAGCACCCUCCAAGCCUUCCCUGGGACCAAACUGAGCCGCCUCACAGGGCCCCAGGAGGCAUCCACCGAGUUUGACUAUGACCCCAACACUGGAGAGUUCUUCUUCGACAGAGAUACUCGUGUUUUUGAAGAGGUGCUGAACUACUGCAGGACCAAGCACCUCCACUGCCCUCAAUACAUCUGCAAGUCUGUCAUUGAGGAGGAGCUGGCCUUUUGGGAGAUCAGUGAGGCCGCCCUGGCUCCCUGUUGCUGGCAGAGGCUGAGCGACAUGGAGAGCCAGCAGGAAGACCUCGCCCUCUGGGAUGACAGCAAAGACGAAGAUGACCAGGCUCUCCUGGCCCAGGUGGGAAGGGGGAAUAAUAGUUGCAGGGCCCAGUGGCAGCCCAGAAUUUGGACCCUCUUCGAAAAACCGUUUUCCAGUGGUAGUGCAAAGAUUCUGGCCGCUAUCUCCCUGGUCUUCAACAUUGGGAUUUGCAUCCUUUUCAUAAAGAAGGCUGAUGUAGAAAUUGAGUUCUUUGUCUAUGGACAUGAAUACAACAGCACUGACACCGUCCUCAAUGAGAUUCACAAAUACUUCCCUUACCUCAUCCCUCUGGAGUUUUUCUGCGUCCUCUGGUUCUUGUUUGAGUUUUCUGUGCGGCUUACGUUUUGCCCAAAUAAAAAGAAGUUCCUGACCAGCCCCCUGAACAUAGCUGACUUCAUCUCCCUCUUUCCAAUUUUCAUCGAGCUUUGCACACAUGGACAAGCCUGGCUGGGUUUUGUCCGUGCACUGUACACCCUCAAGCUCUUGAAGAUCCUUAAGCUCAUAGAAAUCCCUCUAAUGUUCCAGGUCCUUUCAUACACGUCCAGGUCUGUCUUCAGAGAGAUCUUCAUCUUCAUGAUCAUCUUUAUCUUUGAAAGUCUGUUCUUCGGCAUCGUCAUGUUCUACACAGAGGUCCUUUACCCAGUACCUGAAUCAUAUUUUGAGAGCAUUUCAUCCUGCAUUUGGUGGGCAGUUAUCACUUUGACCACUGUUGGUUAUGGAGACUCGUACCCUAUCACCGAAUUCUCCCAAGUGAUAGCAGCCUGUGCGGCACUCUGUGGCGUGCUGACCAUAGUCAUCCCAAUCCCUAUCUUUCUGAUCAAGUUCAAGGGCUAUUAUGAUGCUGCCGUGAUCAAGGAGAGGAGGAAGAGGAAGAUGGAACAAGCAGCAAUGCUAUCAUCCUAAGGACUCCAGAGCACCAUGUUGCCAGUUAUUCAUGGGAAGAGAUAACUGGCUUCUAGAUAGCUUCCUGCCACACUGCAGAUGCUUCAGCUGAUUUGAUGCAAUUUUUAGCUUCCUACCUGAGCAUCAUAUUCCUCUGUGCUGCCAACUGAAUUAGGUCACACUCUACCUGUGCUCCCACAUUUCCAAAGAGAGAGAGGGCUACCAAUGCCCGCUAGCCAUGGUGGCUAUGCUCUGCAUCCAUGGCUGAAGGCAACAAUACUUCUGAGUAUCAGCUGCUGGAAACCACAGGAAGGGAGAGAGCCCUUGUGCUCAUGUCCUGCUUGCUGGUGUCCCAGAGG